AGUGCUGGCACGCGCGGCUCCCUCCUGCCCGUCUCUCCUUGCUCCCCCCCCGGCGGCGCGUCGGGCACGGCUGCGGGCCCCGAGCGGGCGCGGUGCUGGCUAACGACCGCGGGGCACGGAGAAACCCCCGCCGCAGACGCUAGAGCAUGCCGCCGCCUCGGCAAAGAUGGCGGCUGCGGUGGCGGCCCGGCGCCCGCGGCCUGGCCGUGCCCCUUCCCGAGGCGAAGCUGCCGCCCGCCCGGCGCGGAGCCCCCGCGCCCUUCACCAACAUGGCACCCGCCCAGAAAAGCUGCCAGACUGGGAAAAUUUCAACAGCAGAAGUUGCGGUACAGUCUCAUACGAGCCAAGACGCUGGUGUGCAGACUGAUCAAAGUAAAGAUGCUGCCCGGGACUUCCAGCAAGAAGUCCAAGUAGAUUACACUCGCCUGUUAUCAUUCCUUCAGAGAGUGGAGGAUGUUGUUAUCAAAGAGCUAAAUAAAAACUGGAAAAGUCAUGCCUUUGAUGGCUUUGAAGUGAACUGGACAGAUCAGAAUGAAACAGUGUCAUGUUUGCAUACAUUGUCAUACCCGGAUGCUCAGGAUCAAAACCUACAGGUCACCAGCGUCUCGUGGAAUGCAACAGGAUCUGUUGUUGCGUGUUCGUAUGGCCGGUUGGACGAUGGGGACUGGGGCACAGAAAAAUCCUAUGUUUGUACCUGGAAUCUGGACAGAAGAGGGUUGAAUCCACAACGCCCUGACCUAGUGGUGGAUGUUCCCAGUUCUGUCAUGUGCCUGGCUUUCCAUCCCUCCCAGCCUUCACUGAUUGUUGGUGGCCUUUUCAGUGGAGAAGUGGUGGUGUGGGAUACCAGCAGAAUAGAAGACCCCUUGAUCUUGAGGACGGGGAUGACGGAUGACACGCACACUGAUCCAGUCUAUCAGGUUAACUGGUUACCGGAUGCAAAGCAUGGAAAUCACUUUCAGCUGUUGAGCGCAUCCACAGACGGGAAGAUCCUGGUGUGGCGAGAGGAGCGAGACGGCCGGCUGGCCUUGGCCGAAGGAUUUGCCUUGGUGGCUCAGCAGAUCCCUCGCAGCAUUCAGCUGAAGAAGCUCGCAUGGGGAGAGGCUGCCGUGGGCGUGACCUCACUUUCUUUUUCACACUUUGAUCCCCGGGUGUUCGUUGUGGGUGUGGAAGGCGGCUAUUCCCUGAAGUGCUCCACAGCAGCACAGACAGAGGCUCUCCACCGGACAGGCACUUCUGUUCCCCUCAGGGCCCCGGCCGAGCUUGCCUUCACCCCGCACGGCGGACCGGUGUACUCCGUGAGCUGCUCACCCUUCCACAGGAAUCUCUUUCUGAGCUGUGGGACUGAUGGACAUGUUCACUUACACUCCAUGUUGCAGGCACAACCCCUCAUUUCUCUUCAACUGUCAAAAAAAUACCUCUUCUGUGUACGGUGGUCUCCAGUACGACCACUGGUCUUUGCAGCUGCUUCUGGGGAAGGAGAUGUGCAGCUGUUUGACUUUGAGAAGAGCUCCCAGAAGCCUGCCGUUUCCAUAAAGCAGACCACGGCUGAGAGCCCCGUGUACUGUUUAGAAUUCAACGUCAAGCAAACUCAGCUCUUGGCAGCAGGAGAUGCCACCGGUACAGUCAAAGUCUGGCAGCUCAGUUCUGACUUUACUGAACAGGGACCCAGGGAAAUGAAUCACCUGGAGCAGCUGGCAAGCGAGGUCACAGACUGAGAGAGCAACAUAACCAGCUGUUUGAAGCCUGUUACAACUCUGACUCCAGGAAAAGUUGCCCAUUUACCUCAUCCAUAGAGUUGGCCUGUAAAACACACCUAAUUAUGACAGCUAGAGUUUCAUUCAAACAACAGUUGAAUUUGUAUUUAACCAUUAAACACAAGAUGAUAUAUUUGGACCAAUAACUUUUAUUGAAGCACACUGCAAUAUGUUUGUUUUCCCUAAGAGAGUUUUAAGCUAAGCAGUUUAAGGUUACAUCAUAAAGUAACAUUGAUUAUUGUAGAGCACAAAGAGAGAGACGCAUGCAGAGCUAUAGUCAGCAAACGUGAGCAUGUUCUUUGCAUCUUUUGGUACUAGUGUUUUGUAUCAAUUCACAAAAAGUGAACGUGUAAAUUCUAUGUAGUCAUACGCAGAAGGAAGUUCUCUGCCCUUGCCAUCCAUGUAGGGCUUCAUGUGAGAAAUGCAGUAAUCAGCUUGCUCCCUGGUCAGGUUCUGAAAGACAAAGACAGCGCUGAGGUGGAGACAGGUACUUUGCGGAGCAUUACAGGCAGCCCUCCCCUUCCUAAAGGCACACAGCUUGGAGCAGAAGCCACAGCACCAGAGCUCUGACUGACACGGAAAUAUUCUGGCUGUUUCUGUUCUGUUAAAGGCUGGAAGGUUUAACGUGAGUUUUCUCACCAAAGAGAAGACAGAACAGGUAACCGAUAGGAGGAAGGAGAGCAACCUCUUUAUUUCUCUGCCAGCUGGUGGGAUUCAGACAGGAAAAACUUGCUGCCGUGGGAGGGAAAUGAGAGGGAGGAGAUGUUCACACUGUCUAAGCUUAGUUGCUUGAGUUCCUCCUUUGAAUCACUGUCUGGAGAAACGUCUCCCUCUAGUCUCCCAAACGAUUAAAAGAAAGUAAGUUUCCGAGGACAGGCACUGUGAAUACACUCCCUUCCCAGGCCUUUGAGGAGGCCCCCCCGCCCAUAUAUAUAUAUAUUUUUUAAACUUAACCCAAGCAGUUACUUGGCAGUUAAAGCUUUUCCUCUUCCUAUAUAACCAAGAAGGCAGCUGGGUAGGAUCACUACUAUCACUCCUCCGUUUGCUGCAGAGGACACCUCUGCAGAUUCAGAGCUGACUCGACUACAGCGACAUGAACCUCUGAGCAACGAGCGAGUGCUGGUCUUUGUGAACAGAACUUGUGAACAGAACGCAUCCAUCCAUUCCUCCCCCCUGGACCACAAUCAAUAUUUACUUGGUAGAGUUCCUCCUUGGUCACGUAGGGCUUCCCCUCUGAACUGAGGGCACGGAAAGCACUCUCGAUCUCCUCGCUGGAUUUCACGUUCUCUGUUUCUCUGCUGAUCAUAAACGCCAUGUACUCCUGCAGCGAGACAUGUCCAUCCCUGCCGGUGAAACAAAGAGCAUGUGAACGCUGCCAUCCAGUAAUACUCAGAAGACAACACUUCCUGACAUACCCUUUUGAGAGCAGAUUUAGCUGUUCUGGGAGCAGUGAAAAGUCUAACACAGGAGACUACAUCAACUCCAUUUCCUAAACUAAAUUUCUCUUUCACAAAUGUCAAUCUUGGGUCUUCACGAAGACCCUUUUACAUGAAUUGGUACGAAAACAACUAUAGCCUCUCCGUAACAAGAGGAAACCAAAGCUCUCAGCCUGUGACAGACUGUCCAGGCAAAAACACAAACGAUACUGAUACAACAUUUUGCAACAGAAAAAUAAAACAUCCCAACCCACAUACCUAUUAGGAUCUACGGUGUCAAGAAUAGACUCAAACUCUGGGUCCGGCUCUCCUUCCUCAACCAUAGGAAGGUCGUAUCCGAGAGAGCGCAAGCAAGACUUAAACUCUUGGUGAUUAAGACGUCCAGAUUUGUCCUUGUCAAAGUGCCUAAAAACACAAAACCAAAAACUCAUGUGUUUUAAGUGUCAGUCUUUGUAGCAUCUGACUGAAAGCAACACAGUGGGCUGAAAACUGGAACAGAUUAUAACCAGUCCACUGUUCUGAACAGAUGAGUUUGAAUCAAUAAGCUUUUCAUAUCUAACAUAUGUAAAACAUGAGCACAAGUUCUUUACAUUGCUUAAAAAGCAGCAAAAAACCAGCUGUAUCCCCCAGCUGGGAUACCUUGGCAUUGGCGGUUCCCUCACCACUGUGCCCACAACCGAACGCACGCAGCAGAGACUCUCGUGUGGCUGUACCCAGCCAGCAGCAAGCGUAGCUGGAGGCUCUUGCCAUCUGGCAGAGAUCAGAGCAGCUCAGCACAAAAUUGAGCAGACAGUAAAGGAGCUGCAAACAGAUCAGUUAGAUAAUCCUAACUGUGAAUAGAGGCCAUCCGUGUGCCAGAAGCAUCUCGCAAGCAUUCCUCUGGCAUGCUUUCCCUGCAACUCACUUGAACAUCAUGCUGAACUCCUUCAGGGCCUCCUCAGUGACUCCAGUUGUGUUUCUGAAAAGGGAGAAACAAAGCUAGUGAGCAGUUCCUAAAUCACAGAACUCCACUGCAGUUAGUCUGCCCCAAGCCAGCCACCUACGUUAGAAGACGAGGACAAAUGAUCAGACAAUGCAUUACAUCAAUCACAGCUCAACAGAGUCACCAAUGCUCCGAGACGUCAUCAUUGCUAAUUGCCGACAGGAACCAUUUCCCAAACUCCCAACUGCACCCCUCUGAAGGGGGCCAGGAGAUGGUGGGGAUUCUCAGGCUCUCUACACUGCCGUACAGAUUAGUCAGAACAUAGGAGAGAUGCAUCAGCACAGACCACGCAGAGGUUUAUUUUUAGACAGAUGGACGUGUCAUCUUUUACCCCGCACCCUUGAGUUAGACACACUUUAUACUGCACAGGGGGUAGGUAGUACCGGGCUUGUAUCUGCUGUUCCAGAUUGUGCUGCAUUCUCAUUCCCAGCUGGUCAAGCUGGUCCCACUGCUGCGCCAGCCCCACAGUGCUGUGCUCUGUGUAUUUGUUGUCCAAGAUCAGUGCCUCUUCCAUAGCUGCUCCGAGGUCCUCGAUCUUCUUCAGCUGGCUCCUCAUAGCUCGAAUCUCCUGGUGCUUGCGCUGUUAGGAGAGCAAAGAGGAGGUUAACAAGGAAUGCAAAAAGUAAGUGCGCUAAAACACAGGCUCGUGUGUGUUCUGUUCUGCUCUUACACUAUUUUUUUUUCUGCUGGGAUUACAUAUUUACGCAUAUAUACUGGAAUCUGUAAAAGAGUACUCAAAAUAAUAUCUUCUUCAUGUAUAUUGUUAUUGGAAACCAACACGGUCUGCAAACAAGUUCCUGAGCAAAAAUAAAUUCUAUUAGGAAAAGUUCUGAAAAUACUGUA